AUGCCGCGCAAAACGAUACUCGUUGCUGGAGCCACAGGCCAUCAAGGCUCGGCGGUCGUCCGCUCACUGCUGUCGUCCCCUGACGCAACUGACUUCCGCAUCCUACUCCUUACCCGUACCGCCCAGUCUGCCACCGCAGUCCGCCUCGUAACCGCCUUCUCCAGUGUGACAUCCGAUGUCUGUCUGGUCCAAGCAGACAUGUCUGACAUCGACGCGCUAAGAAGAGUGUUUGUGGAUGAGCAGAGACACGGGGCAGGCGUGUGGGGUGUGUUCUCGGUGGUGGCGUACCCAGGCCUGGGCGUGUCGGGCGACGGCGCGGAGAAACAGGGAAAAAAUUUGGCGGACGUAGCCCUCGAAUUCAAUGUCUCGACGUUCAUUUAUUCAUCGGCCGAGCGUGCUGGCGAAUACUACGAUGACAAUAUGAAGCUUGACGGGAUCGCAAAGGUCAAUAUCGAGCGGCAUGUGAAGGAAUUGGGCAAGAAGGGGCUGCGCUGGACACUUUUACGACCCGGGUUCUUCAUGGAGAACUAUGAAGGCUUCAUUGGCUCACUCAUCGUGUCAGUCUUCAAAGCAGGGCUGCAGCCAACAACCACCGUCCCGCUGGUGGCCGUAGAAGACAUCGGCGCCGUUGCCGCUGCAGUAUUCAGGAAUCCAGUCAAAUAUCAAAACCAGAUCCUCGCCAUCAUCGGAGAAGUCUCGACAAUGUCCGAGCAAGAUGCCGCACAUAAGUCUGUCGCUGGCACAACCCUCCCCGCUCUCCAUUGGUCGAUAGCCAAAGCGACACUGGCGCUCAACAAGGAUACGCAAGAACUCAUUCAACACCUCGAGCGCUUACACAUGGCACGACAAACAGGCUUGUGUCCCGAAGUCGCUGACCAAGUUGCCAUGGCUUGCGAAGCCCACCCAGGCAUGCGCUCGCUCAAGAUGUGGGUCGCAGAGAAGAAAGCGGGUGGAACAUUGAUGGGGGAGGCGCAGGAGGUCGUUGAGCCAAAGGAGGGGUGGAACGAGAUCUCGAUACUGAAACUGCUCACCGGCAGGUCGUGA